ACUAUUUAUGUAUUCUGCCACCUCAUAAAAAUAAAAACAGAAAAAGAACGAUAAAGGUUCAAACAAAAACAAUCUGUUUCCUUCGCCAUCUAGCUCAACUGAUUAUUUAAAUGCGUAACAAUGGUAAUUGCCUUAUCAGCAGAUAGCAGUGCACUGGAAUUUCUGACAAUUUUGUCUUAUGCUUUUUCUGUUCUAUUUCAGCUGGUUGAAGAUUCCAUGGUAAAAUUGGAUAGAAUAUGUCGGGAGGCAAAUAUUAUUUUAAUAUUUGCACGAUCAUAUGGCCUCAUGGGUCUUGUCAGGAUCAGUGUGAAGGAACAUACAGUAAUUGAAUCAAAGCCUGACCAUUUUCUAGACGAUCUACGACUUAAUGAUCCAUGGCCAGAACUUCAGAGGUCGGCUGUUUCACAUAUGUUAUAUUUCUACAAUAAAUACUAAUCUGUUCACUUUAACAAUAUCUCUAUUUAUAACACAAACACCCUUGUGGUUUUUGAUGGGGAACAAACACCCUUGUGGCUUAUGUUUCAAUUGGGAUGAUUUUGAGGAACAUGGAGCAUAUGCUAGGAAGUAGGGACUAUAACAUCAUCACUUACUUCCAAAUGCGGAUGCUCCCACCAUAUUCUUACAAGAUCGUAAAAGAGGCUUCCUUUAUGUCUUAACUAUUUUUUACAUGUUUUUGAGUUGUGACCCUGUCUGAAGGACAUGAUUAUGUCAGAAGUCUUGUGGUAGAUUAUCUCACUUAUUCCCACAGUGGAAUGUUCUAUCUAAGCUGACAUUAACUGCAUGUAGAAUUGCCCUAAGAGUCGAUCCAGAUCCGUUACUUCUUGAAGUAUCAUUCAGGAUUCUGUUUUUGUGUACAUAUAAAAAAAACUUUGUGUUUUUGCUUUACCUCUACUCUAUGCUUCAGGUUCCCUAGGGAGUUGCUAGAAAGAUAUUAUGUGGCAGCUUCUGGGCAAGAGUUGGUCAAUUGUCUUUUGGGACGAUGUGACCCUCUUAGUAGGGAGGUUUGAAGGUGGUCUCUGGCGUAGGGAACAUUUCUAUAAGUAGGAAUUGGAUGCAGUUGCUUUACUCAAAUGGAUAGGAAAAUGUCUGUCGCUCUUAGGUGGAGAUGUCUUCUGGAAAUGUCCUUUCUUUUAGAAAAAAACCCAGAUCAAUUAAGUUUUUUCUUUUUUUCAAAAGCUUCGUUCUACUGUAUUAUUUGUUCCCUCUCUCUCAGUAUCUUCCAUACCGGGCGUCUUUUUUGGAAUAAAAGGCUUCUGAAAAGUUGCAGAACUUAGUUAUCUAGUCAUGAUUCAAGUACCAUUUACAACUUAUUUUAUCAAAAAAUACCAUUAACAGCUUAGUGAUGUUUGGACGACCUUAGAAGUUUCAAAGCAUUAUAAGAUGAGAAAUAAUCAGGCGCAUUUGUUUUUGCUUCCUUUGCUAAGGAAGAGUGUUAUAACUUAUUCUGUAUUUCUCAGGAGGCUUGUCUUUUCCUAGUAUGCGUAUAUGCUGCUGAGGUUUAAGGUUUUGGUAAUGGUAUAAAUUGUAAGAUUUGUGAUCCAUCUGUGAUCAAGGAUAUGUAUGAUG